AUGUCUAUAAUAGCCGUCAAAGGUGUACCACAAAAGUGGUCACUUAUGAAUGUUGUGAAGAUUCUGGCUAAAACAAUAGCUGGUAAUUUCGAAGCUCUAAACUUUCAAAAUGGGAAAGGAAAAUCUGCUGGCAAAAACAAGACAUGCUAUUUAAGAUUGUCGGAAAAAUUGGACCCUGUGCGUGUUGUGGAGAAAAUUAACUCGAAUGUAUUUCCAAAGCAGUUCCGGCCGUUCGCAUUAAUUCCUGAUCAUGUUCCCGACAUUCCGCUAGCAGUGAAACCCAGGAAGAUACCUACGAAGCUACGAAGAGCACUUCUUAUAUCUGAUGAGAAGGAACCAGAGAAGGUCAUGGCUCUGACAAAUGAUGAGAUUAUGAUGGAGCUGCAGUGUAAGUACCCAGGCCUGAACAGUAUCAGCAAGAAAACCAACCAUAAACUCAUGGAGGAGUUGACUAAGAAAGUGUUUGAACGAAUCCAAACGAUAGGAGAAAGGAACGCUGAGGUACUGGAGUCUUGUUUCAAGCUGAGCCAGUGCUACCGUCGCACCCAUCCACAUUUCGGCGACUUCCAACUUGUACUGAGUACUCUACACCCGCUACAAGACGCCGCCGGGAUCCCACGCACGCAACUCAGUGAAAAGGAACUUGCUGAGCUACCCUCACAUUCUUACAUGAUUGACAACUUGCCGUUCGACAAAGUGCAGCAAGCCUGCAACAAAUAUUCAGAAAGGAUUAUAAAGAAGCCUAUAAGUGCUCCAUCUCUCCUGGACCGUUCCUUCACGCCGGUUGUUUGUGAAACCGUGGUAUCACUCCGGCCCAACUGGCUAUCUAGAGUCGAUUAUCGGGUAAAACCGCGCGUCACUGAACACGUGAAGAACCUCAAAUCUAAUGUGGUGGGGACUGACACAGAGGAUGAAGUCGUCAGAAAGAAGGUUCGAGAGGAACUCAAGAAGAUGACGCCUUUCUUGCCCAUGAUCGUGAAGCAAGUUGUGAACAAGCACUUCAUCCCACAAAAGACGGGUUACUACAAACUGCGGAUAUACGGCGAGCCAUUCCUCCCGGGUAAGGAGACGUUGGCGCCAUUCUUGCGUCGGUUCCAAGCGGGGCGUAUGAAUCGCUCGGAGCGCAUGUACAACUUGCUGCGGUUUGACGUGCCCCCCUCCCACUACGCCGCCAUCAUGGCCAUGGAUGGCACUGUUCUCAACGGUGCAAAACUAGUGAUAAGACCAUCGGACCUGCCCAUGUACAAGUUGUCGAAUUCCAUCCUAAGCGCCAGUCUUGACGCAGACGUUCAGGAUGAAGAAAUGAAACCGGAACAACUGGUCGAGUGGAACGAAGAUAUGUAG